AUGGACCUCAUAAAGGAACGCUACGAAGAAGAAAGAACCAAGCGACUCUGCUCUAACGGAAACACCCAAUACAUCGAGACCAGCAAAUUAGUUGAAUUCGAACAGUUCAUGAUAGACCAUUGGGUCGAUUCAGCCUCGGUCAAGCCAAUCUUGUCCAGUCUCGCAAGGCCCAAGUUACCUGGCGUUCCUGGGAUCCUGGAUUAUCGGGGUGAUAUCUUCCACACGUCGCGUUGGGCAUAUGAUAUCACAGGUGAAUCUCCCAAGGACCCUAAACUCCCCACUGAAAUCGCAGGAUACACAGAAAGCCGCUUGAAAUCGACACACCCCGACAAUACCAAAUUCGGGCGAGGAUCGACUCGCAAGUCAAUGGCCCAGCCAUGGCAGAGAAACUGA